GGCGCCCGUCGCCGGGGGCGUGGCCUCCGGAAGCCCCGCCCUCCCCGCUGGCGACCGGGCGGGCGGCUCGCCGCAGCGGCGCCGACAUGGCUGCGCUGGUGGAGCCGCUGGGGCUGGAGCGGGACGUGUCCCGGGCGGUGGAGCUCCUCGAGCGGCUGCAGCGCAGCGGGGAGCUGCCCCCGCAGAAGCUGCAGGCCCUCCAGCGCGUCCUGCAGAGCCGCUUCUGCUCCGCCAUCCGCGAGGUGUACGAGCAGCUCUAUGACACGCUGGACAUCACCGGCAGCGCCGAGAUCCGGGCCCACGCCACAGCCAAGGCCACCGUGGCUGCCUUCACCGCCAGCGAGGGCCAUGCGCACCCCAGGGUGGUGGAGCUGCCCAAGACGGAGGAGGGCCUGGGCUUCAACAUCAUGGGGGGCAAGGAGCAGAACUCGCCCAUCUACAUCUCCCGCGUCAUCCCUGGGGGCGUGGCCGACCGCCACGGAGGCCUCAAGCGUGGGGACCAGCUGUUGUCGGUGAAUGGUGUGAGCGUGGAGGGCGAGCAGCACGAGAAGGCGGUGGAGCUGCUGAAGGCGGCCCAGGGCUCGGUGAAGCUGGUGGUGCGCUACACGCCCCGCGUGCUGGAGGAGAUGGAGGCCCGCUUCGAGAAGAUGCGCUCCGCCCGCCGGCGCCAGCAGCACCAGAGCUACUCGUCCUUGGAGUCCUGAGGCUGAAACCACAGAUCUGGACCCUCCCGCUCUCCCCCCCCCCCCGCCACCUCCCCCUGUACAGUAUUUAUUGUCACCGGCUCCUUAUUUAAAGAUCUUUGCCC